GACAGCACGCGCAAAGAGGUGCACCUGUAAUCCACGCUGCUCACUCGCUGAUGUGCGGAUAGAGUGAGAGCAUCCAGAAGAGAUAUUCUACACCACGCGCAUACCCAUGCUUGGGAUUUGGCUUUCUUUUUCUUCGCUAAUGCAAAAGGAAAUAUGCAGCGAAGCCUCACACUGCUCUGCACCAGUUUUCUGGGAUUGUGCCUCGGUUCCAGUUUCCCAAGUAAUAUCAACAUAGGAGGGUUAUUCCCAACCGAAUCACACGAAUAUGAAGUGUUUCGGUUUGCGCUCUCGCAUCACCAGGAUAUCCCUAAACUGGUACCUCAAGUGGAUAUGGUCAAAAUGGGGAAUAGCUUCUCCAUGACAUAUGCUUUCUGUUCGCAGUUCUCCAAAGGAGUGUACGCCAUCAUCGGCGUGUACGACAGGAAGACUGUCAACAUGUUGAUGUCGUUCUGCGGUGCGCUACACGUCUGCUUCGUGACGCCCAGCUUCCCCAUGGAAAACUCCAACCAGUUUGUCAUCCAGCUGAGACCCGAACUGCAGGACGCCCUGGUGGCCGUAAUCGAGCACUACAAGUGGUCUAGGUUCGUCUACAUGUACAGCUCGGACUCUGGACUGUCAGUUCUGCAGAAGGUUCUGGACACAGCAGCGGAGCAUAACUGGCUGGUGACCUCCGUGAAUGUUGAGACAAUGACAGAAGCGUCCUUCCUCAAAGUGUUCCAGGACCUGGACAAAAAGAAGGAGGGCCAGAUCAUCAUCGACUGUGAGCUGGAGAGACUCACCUCCAUCCUGAAGAAGAUCAUCGAGUUGGGGAAAAAUGUGAAGAGCUACCACUACAUACUAGCAAACCUGGGGUUUCUGGACAUCGACCUGACAGAGUUUAAGAAGAGUGAAGCGAAUGUAACAGGCUUCCAGCUGGUGAACUAUGCAGACCGUAACAUCAGUAGAAUAGUGCAGCAGUGGAUGGACUUUGACAAUAAAGACGCCAAAGUUCCCAAGCGAGGACUGAAGUACACUGGAGCUCUCACAUAUGAUGGAGUCAAAGUUAUGUCCACAGCCUUCCAGAACCUCCGUAGGCAGAGGAUAGAUAUAUCUCGCCGUGGAAAUGCUGGAGAAUGUCUGGCCAACCCACCAGCACCUUGGGGACAAGGCAUCGAUAUUCAGAGAGCACUUCAGCAGGUUCGGAUUGAAGGCCUAACGGGACACAUUCAGUUUAACGAAAAAGGACGAAGGACAAACUACACUGUCAGUGUGAUGGAGCUCAGGCCGACAGGACCAAAAAAAGUGGGUUACUGGAAUGAGGAUGAGAAAUUUGUGAGCACGGCGGCCUACAUGCCAGGCAGUAAUGACACUUACGGACUUCAGAAUCGCACAUAUAUUGUUACCACUAUUCUGGAAUCACCGUAUGUCAUGCUGAAAAAGAACCACGAGCAGUUUACUGGAAAUGAUAAGUAUGAAGGUUACUGUGUGGAACUGGCAGCUGAGAUAGCCAAACACGUGGGAUACCACUACAUACUCAAGAUAGUGGCUGAUGGGAAAUAUGGAGCCAGAGAUCCUGAGACCAUGAUGUGGAAUGGGAUGGUGGGAGAGCUCGUCUAUGGUAAAGCUGACGUAGCUGUAGCCCCACUAACCAUCACCCUGGUCAGGGAGGAAGUCAUUGAUUUCUCCAAGCCCUUCAUGAGCCUCGGCAUCUCCAUCAUGAUCAAAAAGCCCACCAAGUCCAAGCCUGGUGUGUUCUCCUUCCUGGACCCUUUGGCCUAUGAGAUCUGGAUGUGUAUUGUGUUCGCCUACAUCGGCGUGAGCGUGGUGCUUUUCCUAGUCAGCCGCUUCAGUCCCUACGAGUGGCACGCAGAGGACUGCGAGGAAGGAGCAGAGCAGAACCCUAACCAACCCUCCUCGUCAUCCGCUCAACCGGGACAGGGCCAGCAGAACCAGAACCAGCAGAGUCAGGAGCAGACCAACGAGUUUGGUAUCUUCAACAGUCUCUGGUUCUCAUUGGGUGCUUUCAUGCAGCAAGGCUGUGAUAUUUCCCCCAGGUAAGAUGCCAGUUUGUUUUUGUUCAGUGUUUUUGCAACUAGUUUUGCUUCAGGGUU